GUUUGGGAAGUAGAUCCCGAAAUUUUGCGUCAUGUUUGCAGUGAGCCUGCCGGCAAGCAUUAUACAAAUCCAAGUGGAGAGAAGCCCAAGCAAUGAGGCCACUGCCGCACCAGUCACUCUCUAGGCCCGGGCCCUAGUUGAUGUUUCAGCUUCCGUUUCCCUGACCCGCUUCAGGGGGCCUUCAUAUUGUCAGGCGGUAGCCGGCCUACUUCUUUCCUCUCUGGACAACAUGGCUGAGCGGGAGGCUGGAGUGACUCUAGGGCAGCCGCAUCUUUCGCGCCAAGAUCUUUCUACCUUGGAUGUUACCAAGUUGACUCCACUGUCACACGAAGUUAUCAGCAGACAAGCCACAAUUAACAUAGGUACUAUUGGUCAUGUUGCUCAUGGAAAAUCCACUGUUGUAAAAGCUAUUUCUGGUGUUCACACUGUCAGGUUCAAAAAUGAACUGGAAAGAAAUAUUACCAUAAAGCUUGGAUAUGCAAAUGCCAAGAUUUAUAAACUAGAUGACUCAAGUUGUCCUCGGCCAGAAUGUUAUAGAUCCUGUGGAAGUAGUACACCUGAUGAGUUUCCUACAGACAUUCCAGGGACCAAAGGGAACUUCAGACUAGUCAGACAUGUUUCCUUUGUUGAUUGUCCUGGUCAUGAUAUUUUGAUGGCUACUAUGCUGAAUGGUGCAGCAGUGAUGGAUGCAGCUCUUCUGUUGAUAGCCGGUAAUGAGUCUUGUCCUCAACCUCAAACUUCUGAACACCUGGCUGCCAUAGAAAUUAUGAAGUUGAAACAUAUUUUGAUUCUACAAAAUAAAAUUGAUUUGGUAAAAGAAAGCCAGGCUAAAGAACAGUAUGAACAGAUCCUUGCAUUUGUACAAGGUACGGUAGCAGAAGGGGCUCCCAUUAUUCCAAUUUCUGCUCAGCUGAAAUACAAUAUUGAAAUUGUCUGUGAGUAUAUAGUAAAGAAAAUUCCAGUACCUCCAAGAGAUUUUACUUCAGAACCUCGACUUAUUGUCAUUAGGUCCUUUGAUGUUAACAAACCUGGCUGUGAAGUUGACGAUCUUAAAGGGGGUGUAGCUGGUGGUAGUAUUUUAAAAGGAGUGUUAAAGGUGGGCCAGGAGAUAGAAGUCAGACCUGGUAUUGUUUCCAAAGACAGUGAAGGAAAACUCAUGUGUAAACCAAUCUUUUCCAAAAUUAUGUCACUUUUUGCAGAACACAAUACUCUUCAGUAUGCUGCUCCAGGGGGACUUAUUGGAGUUGGAACAAAAAUUGAUCCAACAUUGUGCCGUGCUGACAGAAUGGUAGGACAGGUGCUUGGUGCAGUUGGAAAUUUACCUGAGAUCUUCACAGAACUAGAAAUUUCCUAUUUUCUGCUUAGACGACUUCUAGGUGUACGUACAGAAGGAGACAAAAAAGCAGCAAAGGUACAAAAGCUGUCCAAGAAUGAAGUUCUCAUGGUAAACAUAGGAUCCCUGUCUACUGGAGGAAGAGUUAGUGCAGUCAAAGCUGACUUGGGUAAAAUUGUUCUGACUAAUCCGGUGUGCACAGAAGUAGGAGAAAAAAUCGCCCUUAGCAGAAGAGUUGAGAAACACUGGCGAAAGGAACUGAGAAUUGAUUGGCUUCUGCUUCACGGGGUUGCACUUGAUAGAUGGUGAAACGAAGUUUAAUUGGUUGGGGUCAGAUAAGAAGAGGAGUGACCAUCAAGCCAACAGUAGACGAUGACUGAAGAAUCACAGUUAAAUAUUUGAAUGAAGUCAGAAUUUUUCUUAGCAACCUAGAGUUAUAUAUUUUCAAAGCAAAUAAGGGAAUAAAUUCCACUGCCGAUAACCUUAGCCAAAGCUAUCAGAUUAUUCUCAUUUUUUUGUUGAAAAUCUUAUUUCCAAUUAAACAUUACAGUAGUGUCUACAAUAAAUGUCAGAACUGACAUAUUGAUUAAUUUAAUGUAUACUUUAUUAGACAUUGAUCUUUGCUAAACAUUUUCAAAUUUGUACAUCCAUGCGGCUUUGAAAUGAAAUUGCUUGUUAACAACUAGCCUUUGCUGUAUAACACAUCCCAAGAGUUUGAAAUAAAAAGUUUUUCUUUUUA